AUGACCGAAGAACAGCAAAAAAAAGUUGUUAUUGGAUUAAGUGGGGGGGUUGAUUCGGCAGUUGCGGCUCAUUUAUUAAAAAAACAAGGCUACAAAGCGGACAAUCUACUGAAAUCUGUUCCCAAACUCAAGAUUGAAAUGAUGCGGAAAAAGUGGCUAGGGCGUACUCCUAAUCCGGAUAUUUUGUGUAAUGGUGUAAUUAAAUUCCAUUACUUUGUAAAACAUAUUUUUCAGACCUCAAAAGUUAAUUAUGUUGCUACCGGUCAUUAUGCUAAAAUUACUUUUGAGAACAGUAAUUAUUAUUUGAGUAAGCCCAAGGACCAAGACAAAGACCAAACUUAUUUUCUGUGCCAAAUUUCCCUUAAUCUCUUGCCAAAAUUAAUUUUUCCCUUGGCUGACUUAACCAAGAGUGAAGUGCGUCAGAUAGCAAAAAGGCUAAGAUUGAUUAAUGCCGAAAAAAAAGAUUCAACGGGCAUUUGUUUCAUCGGUGAACGAAAAUUCACCAAAUUUCUUACUAAUUAUUUGCCCCGACAACAAGGGGAAAUAAUAGAUAUUAUUAGUCGAGAAAAAAUUGGUCAACAUUCCGGAAUUGCUUAUUUUACGCUCGGGCAACGCAAAAAUUUAGGUUUGUCGGGACAAAAAGAGCCUCAUUAUGUAGUUGCCAAAGACCGGAAUAAGAACGUGAUUUAUGUGGCAAGGGGUUGGGAUAAUCAGUGGCUUUACUCGGGCUGGUGUAUAGCUGGCGACCCCCAAGGAGUUUUAAUUCGGGCCGUUGAGCCACUCGACCACCACACUAUCCCUGUUAUUUCCCAUCACGACAAGAAAAAAAAACAGCAUUAUUAUACCAAUGGCCCGGGUAAAUUAUGUCGGGCUUUACAGAUUGACCUUAGCCUGAACCAUCUUGAUUUAACCACUAACAAUUUAAUUUAUUUAGAAGACCAGCCACCGCUUACCGCAGAAGAAAUCAUUGCCACCGCGAGAAUUAACAUUGACUACGCCAAGGAGGAUAAAGAACAUUUAUGA